UUCUUCUUUCCCCCUUUCCUGGCAUAUUUGGAGCUAUCCAGCAUGACGACUGCAUCCAAGUCAGGACAGGAACGGCCAUCAAACAGAGGUGAGCCUUGACAUUACAGAAACUCCUCUCAUAACUUCAAUCUCCUUUCUUUCUUUCCGUCCCAGUCUUUCGAUCCAAUCCAGUGCUCAAUCACGAAGCCAUGGCUCCCGCAAGGACUGAAGAAGAUGGCUUUGACGUCUGUAUCAAUGAGGUACCUGUCACAGGACAACGACGACCAUUUAUCCAAAAGGAUGAUGAUCAGAAGUUGAAGCACCCAGGGACCGCCCGAGCAAACGAAGCAGCAUCCGUCGAAGCCCCGAACGGAACACAACAAGACGACUGGGCCCGCCAACACGGAGACCAAACCGUCCUCCAGCAACACAUCGCCUUUUUUGACACCGAUUUGGACGGUGUGAUAUGGCCGCUCGACACCUUCAACGGUUUCCACCGUCUAGGCUACAACCUCAUCUUCUGCAUCCUAGCAGUGAUCAUCAUUCACGGCAAUUUCAGCUACCCUACUGUCUCUGGCUGGCUUCCUGACCCAUUCUUCAGGGUUUAUGCGGAAAACAUUCAUAAGGAUAAGCAUGGAAGUGAUUCGGGUACUUAUGAUACCGAGGGACGGUUUGUGCCGCAGAAGUUUGAGGAUAUCUUUGCAAAGUAUGCGGGUGGUGAUAAGCAGGGGAUUACGCUGGGAGAGGUAUUUAACUACAUGAAGGGGCAGAGAUUGGUGUUGGAUCCGUUUGGAUGGGGUGGAGCUUUUUUUGAAUGGAUGGCGACCUGGAUCUUGUUGUGGCCUGAAGAUGGGAGGAUGAAGAAGGAGGAUAUUCGACGUAUCUAUGAUGGAAGCCUCUUCUAUGAGAUUGCUGCCAGAAGGUCGAAGCAGAAGCAAUAAACUGAUGAGGAAAAAACUCACUCGUUGAGAGAAGUGCAUGUCAAAAAAGGAGCGAAGUGAAUGGCAAGGGAAGAGCGAAUAAUGAACCGACGGGAUGGUUAUGAAUAAGAAAUCCCGGGAGAAGCAUCUUGACGAGGAUGAAGAUAAUUAGAAGCAGCAUAUAGAAUAGAGACGAGAUAGCAAGUAGUAUCAACUACCAAAAAUGCCAAAUAGUUUGUUUGUACUGCCA